CGGACAAAGGCUGAGAGAGAAACCAGAGAGUGAGCCGAGACAGCAAACAUCAGAUCGUGCCCCGACCCACGCCAGCAUGGGCUCCUUCUCCAUCACCAAGGGCUUCUUCCUCUUCCUGGCCUUUUGGCUCCCAGGCCAUAUUGGAGCAAAUCCCGUAUACAGUGCGGUGUCCAACACAGAUCUGAUGGAUUUCAAGAACCUGCUAGACCACCUGGAGGAGAAGAUGCCGGUAGAAGAUGAGGUCAUGCCUCCGCAGGCCCUGAGCGAGCAGACCGAUGAAGCGGGGGCGGCACUUAGCUCCCUCUCUGAGGUGCCUCCCUGGACUGGGGAAGUCAACCCGUCUCAGAGAGAUGGAGGUGCUCUCGGGCGCGGCCCCUGGGACCCCUCCGAUAGAUCUGCCCUCUUGAAAAGCAAACUGAGGGCUCUGCUCGCUGGCCCUCGGAGCCUGCGAAGGUCAAGCUGCUUCGGGGGUAGGAUUGACAGGAUUGGAGCCCAGAGCGGACUAGGCUGCAACAGCUUCCGGUACCGAAGAUAACAGCCAAAUCUGCUCGAGCAGAUCGCAAAAGAUCCCAAGCCCUUGCGGUGUGUCACACAGCUUGGUCGCAUUGCCACUGAGAGGUGGUGAAUACCCUCCUGGAGCUGCAGCUUCCUGUCUUCAUCUAUCACGAUCGAUGUUAAGUGUAGAUGAGUGGUUUAGUGAGGCCUUACCUCUCCCACUCUGCAUAUUAAGGUAGAUCCUCACCCCUUUCAGAAAGCAGUUGGAAAAAAAUAAAUCCGAAUAAACUUCAGCACCACGGACAGACGCUGAGGCCUG